AUAUAUGCCGCAUGUAAGUUGCCUGGCCCAUUUUGCAAUGUGCAUGCAGCGCUUUCUUGAGCAGCAACCAUGGAUUUCUCAAAACUUUUAACAACACUGGCCCUCGAUGGCGGUGACGUUCCUCCACGCUCUACGACGCGUCCCACACGCAAACCAAAAUUCGUCAAGUUUCUCCCCGGAGAUAUUGGCGAAGGCAUGCCAGAGAUUUGCUUCGAGGAUCCUCGCACAUUCAAGCCGAAGCCGGGGCCCCAUGGGCAGAUUCAGACGUGGGGUAUAUUUCCGUAUGCCAAGGAUAAUGUCUGGAACUUUGGCGGGAUUCAAAUGAUGUAUAGAACCAUGGCGCAUCAAAUGUCGUACGACAACCGCGGUGGAAAACCGUGGCCUGAAAAGCAAUUUGUAGAUGUUCUAAAGGAUCGUAAGCGCGAGCAGCUCAGCAAACUUGAUCUAGCAGAUCUCGACAAGAAGGAUAUUGUAAUCAAGAUACACUUGAAGUUCUUGGAAGAUGUCAAUGGCGACCCUCGCAUAUGGCGCCAGGUGCGCCUCUCAGCUGGUAUGAAGAUCGGCGUGUUCCAAGACAAAGUCCUCUCGCCCGUGCUGAACUGGGUACGAAACUUCCACUGCUACACGUUCACGGACCUCAGAGACGGCGCUGUAUUUGGUCCUGAGGACGCCGACGCAACAGACAUAAUGCAUAUCAACCAGGUUGGAUAUGAUUACCUUCCGGAUGACAGGUAUAUGCUCGCCCAUCUGUUUUCGAAGGUGGGCGAUAAGUUUGCGUACUUGUAUGACUAUGGAGACAAGUGGCACCACGAGAUUGAGAUCGAGCAAAUUUUCCCCAUCGAGGAGUCGUAUGGACGUGUCCAGAUACUCGGUGGCAAGGGCAUGUGCCCAGGUGAAAAUAUGAGAGGGUCAUACCAGUACCAAAACUUCCUCAAGGCCUACGACGCUGAUUCAUACAUCGAACAGGCAAAGAAAAAACGCGAGAUUCUUGAUUGCCCGAAUUACAGAGACUUCGGCAAACCUCCUUCUCUGUUCGACAUUGAUGUAUUUGACAUCAACCAGGCUAACGAGCGACUCGCCGCGGCACUUAGCUCGCCCAACUCAGUCAGGACAGGUAUGAAGGCGUUCACCAUGCCCAUCCACCAUAGUGCACUCGAUCCCGAGAUGGGCAAACUCAAGAAAGGCCAGAGCAUCCAGCGUGAAUGGGACCACGAGAACCACGGAUAUUGGCAGGAGACCACUUCCAGCACGAAGGACAGAAGGAGCCAGUCGGCUUGUGCUGCUUGUGGAAAGCCUGGUGGUCAGGAUCUCAAGACGUGCAGUGGUUGUAGGGCCAUUUUGUAUUGCUCUCCCGAGCACCAGAAGGCGCACUGGAAAGAUGUACACAAGAAGCAGUGCUCUCGCAAAUACCUCAAAAAGUAAUAUCAUCCUAUCUAAUCCCCAAUGCUGGUAUAUCAUCACUACAUGGAACAGUGUAAUGUAGAUAUAACCCAUCUAUUUCGAAAUUUAAAAGUAACUAGUUUCGCACAAUCAAACAUCUUACCCAUUUUUC